AUGUAUAUCUCUCUUCGCCAUACUUUGACUUCGCUUUUUGUUGUAGCCUUCACUUCUUCAGUUGGAGAUGCUUUUCCCACAAAGAUUCAACGAGAUGACGCCUCACUAGUCAAGAGGGCGAUAGAUUCAACCCUGACACGCAUCGACUAUCAAAACUACGCCGCAUCCUCCAUCAACGCGCUACAAAAGACCUACUGGAACAGUACAGCAGGACUCUGGGGUCAAAAAGACAGCACUGGAAAAUUUGCCGGAGACUGGUGGCCUAGUGCUAACGUCCUCACAAUGAUGGCCUACUACUACAAGGUAUUUCCGAGCACUGCACCAUGGAUGCCCGAUCUCUUUACGACAGUAUUAAGUCGCGCUCCUCAAACCGCUUAUCAUAAUUUUUUGAAUGGCUUUUAUGAUGAUGAACUUUGGUGGGUUUUGGCUUGGAUUCAAGUCUAUGAUGCUACAAAAAAUGUUACAUAUCUUAAUACCGCUGCUGCUAUCUAUGAGGAUGCAAAGUCGGUUUAUGGUAAUACUCCCUGUGGAGGCUUAUGGUGGGAUAAAGCACACACCGGUGUAAACAGCGUAGAAAACGAACUCUACCUAACCGCCAGCGCCAAACUCGCCAAUCGGAUUCCCUCGAAAAAAACCUCAUCAGGCCAAGGUUACUAUUUCGAACAAGCACUUGCGGCCUACGCCUUCCUAAUAACCAACCCAACCACGACCAUGAAUCCCACCACCCACCUCUUCAACGACGGUAUCUCCCUAAGCACCUGCAAAAACAACGGCAAAAUAGUCUUCACCUACAACCAAGGCAUCAUUCUCUCCGGCCUCACAGAACUCACCUGGUCAACCAAUAACCACGCCUACACCGAUCUCGCCGUGCAAAUCGCCAACUCAGUAAUCGCAAACAUGACAACUUCCGAAGGAAUCCUCCAGGAAAAAGCCUGCGAGCCUAGUUCCUGCGAUCAGGAUGAACAAGUCUUUAAAGGGGUUUUUACGAGAAAUUUAGCAUAUAUGACGAAUAGAGCUACGGGAUUAGAUACGCAGACGAAAAAUCAUUUUAGGGAGUUUUUGGGCAAGAAUGCGAAAAGUAUUGUGGAUAAUGCGAGGGGGAAGGAUGAUGUUUUGGGGUUGGUGUGGAGUGGGUCGGUGAAAGAGACGUUUAGUUUGGAGACGGAUGGGAGUGCCUUGGAUACGGUUGUUGGGGCGGCGGUUACGGCUUUGGGGUAG